AUGGCAGAAAAGGAACAACAAAAAAUGAAAAAAUCCAUUGUCUCAUCAGAAGAUGAAGAAGAUGCAGAGAAAGAUAUAUCCACAUCAGUGACUCAAAUACCUACAUAUGCCUCUAGCUCAAACACAAAAGGAAAGGGACUCAUAACAGAUGAUCCUGCACAAGAAAAUCCACUAAAGAGAAUUAAAGUUCAUAGGGAUGAUUUUAUACUAGAGAUGAUUAUAGAAAUGUUGUUGAGAAAGAUGCCUAUGUUAACUACCACUGGAAGCAAGCCCAAUGGCAAAGAGACAAAAGGAUUUUUAUACAAGUAUCAUGGAAAUGAAGGAGCAGUUAUUGUUUGUGUAUGCCAUGGACACCUUUUCACUCCAAAAGAGUUUGUCAAGCAUGCUGGUGGUGGUGAGGUUGAAAAUCCAACAAGGUUUAUUGAAUUUAAUAUUUAUCCACAUUAG